UCGGAAGCACCUCUACUUUCAACAAUUUUUGGUUUUCUCUCUAUCCUCAUUCCGCCAUCUUCUAUCUUUUGCAGCAAGAAGAAGACUUCACGCCGUUCGCUCUGACGAGACCCUGGAGCCUCAACCCUCACGAUGCUCGCCAUCUACAUCCCCGCGCUGCUCCUCGCCGCCAGUUCCCUCGCCUCCGCCGCCGUUCCUUGCUUCAACCGCGAUGGCAGUGUCGCAUCCGCAUACACACAAUGUCCCAACUCGAACUUCUGUUGUAAAACUUCCGGCACUUGCGCGACGAAUGGAUUGUGCAUGGACGGGAAUAACCUCGUGAAUGGUUCCAUCGCAAAUGUGAACGGGAAAUUCUACAACCAGACGGGAUUGUAUCAAUCGCCGGCCUGCACCAAUACAAAUUUCGAUGGUUGCGUCCAGACUUGUCUUACGACACUCAACAAAGGUUUCGUUUACAUUUGGGGAUGCAACGACGCCCUGACCAGCUACUGCUGCAAUGUCCAAGGCACCGACAUCUUCCAGCGUCAAAGUUGUUGUCAGAAUGGGACUUUCUCUCUGCCUGCCGCCAAGCCCAUCCUAUGGGACACGGCCGUCACUUCAACGUCUCUCCCGACGAACACUGCUACGAGCUCGCCAACGGGCAAUCCGACCGCCGGUAGUACUACGAACAGCAACAACACCACUGGCGGCAACGGAGGAUCGUCAUCAGCACAACCGGAAACGGCCGGACUUUCCAAGGGUGCAAUGGCAGGAAUCGGCGUCGGCGUCGCAGUCCUCGUCAUAAUCAUCGCCAUUCUCGCCGCCCUCUUCUUCCGCGUCCAACGCCUUCAGCGUCGUCUGAAAUCCAGCUCCACCGAGGCCGGCGCCGGCUCUUCCUCUGCACCCGCAUAUUACGAGGCCGUCAACAGCACCGACGGUCCCAUGACACCUCCCACCACCGAUGUCAAGGGAUUCAUGAGUCCCGAAAUCACACCUUCUUUACAGCAACAUCCUGCCUUGACGCCGGAGCUAAAGGCCGAAGUCGAUGGGUCUCAGCAGACAUAUGAAAUGCCGGAUAAUCGCGUCCAGCCGGGGGAGUUGGAUUCGAGGAAUCUGGGGCCGAGGGAGUUGAUGGGAUGAAAGGAAUAAGGAUACGAUC